AUGGCCGCCGCGCCCCCGCGCCGCCGCUCGCCGCGCGCGGGCGCGGCCGCGCCGCGGGGGAAGAGCCAGGGCAAGACUGCCGCGGCGAGGGCGCCGGAGCGGAAGGUGAACGGCGAGGCCAGACGCCGCCUCGGGCACUACCUCCACCGUGACCCCCAGCUGGAGCAGGCAUGGCACCAUCAGCAGAGCGUGUUGGGCACCGAGCUCCUCGGCGAGCGGAGCCACGCCAUGCACGAGGUGCCCGAGUUCGCGGCGGCCUUCGGGAGCCGGGCCGGGCGGCAGUCGAGCAACGUUCACCGCAACGGGGACGGGGGCAAGAAGAUGAUGGCGGCACAGGCCCUGCGGGAGGCCCUCGAGAAGCCGCCGCCGAGGCCCGAGGGGGUGCGGACCUACGCCUCAGAGGCGGUCAGCGGCGCGACCCACCUGGAGCUCGGCGACGGCGGCGAGGCCGCUGGCGCGCCAGGGCUGACGCCACGCUUCGAGGGCUGCGCGGGGAGCCGGUCUGGCGAGCAGCCGCACGCGAAGCAGGACAGGGGCCUGCGCACCUACGGGGCCGACGGCAGGAAUUCCGCGGAGACCGAGCGGAGGCCCGCGCCCAGCACUCGGAGGCACCUGUGGUGGGAGCAGCAGCAGGCCCAGAGGCUGAUGUUCGGUGGCCUGGACGCGGCGCUGGCGUCCGAGCCCCAGCGCGGGGACGACAGGGCGGAGGCGUCCUUCCACGGCGCCGCCGGCCAGCCAGCCAUCCGGGCGCAGGCUCGGGACGCGCGGGGGCCUGAGUGCAGCACAGGGCGUGGGCUGAGCCACAAGGCUCUGACGGAGAGGGGCGGCCACGACCGCAUCAUGUCCAUGCCCGCGGACGAGGCCAGGGCAGCCAUGUCGACGUUCGGCGACGGCGCCGGGAAGGCGACGUGGGAGCCUCUGCGGCGCGCGCUCAUGGCCGCGCCCCCCGAGGGCGACAUGGAUCGCGGAGAGCCCUAUGCAGGUUUGAGCGUGGCUGCAGAGGCGGGGCACGCAGAGAAGUUCGCCGGCAGGGCCGGAAAGGGCACCUGGGAGCGUUCCUCUCUGCUCGGAGCUUCCUCGUGCGUGUCGCCCCGAAUCACCAGGGCAGGGCCACCGCCGGCCUGGCUCGGAGGAGGGGCUGCCGGCUCCCGGGCAGGCGAGGUCAUCUUCCAGGGCCGCUGCGGCAUCGCCGGGGAGAGCCGCUACCGCGCGGACUUCUCGGGCGAGGGCCCGUCGGGCCAGGCCCACGCGGGCGUGGCAAGCUGGGAGAGGCCGCUGGAGUGGAGCCUGCCCCCGGGCAGGGGCAGGCCGGGCCCAGCCAGCCGCUCCACCCCCGCACUGCGCACGCAGGCGUGGGGCCCGCCCCCCGAGGCAGCCUCGCCCCGCGCGGCCACGCCCAGGAGGCACGCGGGCGCAGCACCCCCGUGGGGCCCGCCCCCCGGGGCAGCAUCGCCCCGCGCGGCCACGCCCAGGAGGCACGCGGGCACCGUGCCCCUGGACGCGGGAGGGCUGUCGACCGAAGAAGACGGCCCUGGCGCCCGCGCCCGGCGCCCUCGGCGCGGCCAGCCCCCGCCCGCCGCGGGAGGCGGCGGCCCCCGCCCUCGGCGGGGACAG